CCGGAAGUAGUUCAGUACGUGUAAGAGGAGACUCCAACAUGGCGGAUUCACAGCGCGCUAGCGAUUACUUUGUGUUCAUAUAAAGCCGUGAGAAGCAGUGUUCGGCUCUGAGCUGUAAACCGCGGAGAGAGAGAGAGAGAGGGGGGAUUUGUUAAAUCCCGGUUGUGUUUCUGGCUGUGAGGUGAAAGUGUGUGUUGGUGAUCAUGGGGCGCCGAUCCACUUCAUCCACCAAGAGUGGAAAAUUCAUGAACCCUACCGAUCAGGCCCGUAAGGAGGCCAGGAAGAGGGAGCUCAAGAAGAACAAGAAGCAGAGGAUGAUGGUGAGAGCUGCUGUCCUGAAGAUGAAAGACCCAAGACAGAUCAUCAGAGACAUGGAGAAACUGGAUGAGAUGGAGUUUAACCCAGUACAGCAGCCCUUGUUGAACGAUAAAGUGCUGCGUGAUAAGAGGAAGAAGUUGCGUGAGACCUUUGAGCGAAUCGUGCGUCUGUAUGAGAGAGAGAAUCCCGAGACGUAUAAAGAGCUGCGUAAACUGGAGCACGAGUACGAGACCAAGCGAGGACAGCUGUCCCUGUACUUCGACUCUGUUAAGAAUGCCGAGUCUGUGGAGGUGGACAGUAUUCCUCUUCCUGAAAUGCCUCACGCACCUUCCAGUGUCCUCAUUCAGGACAUCCCGCUGCCGGGAGCUCAGCCGCCGUCGAUCCUCAAAAAGACCUCCAGCUUUGGUAAAGGGACGGCGGCGUCAUCGGCAGCGAUUGCCGGGGUUCCUCGGUUACCACCCGGACGUAAACCCCCUGGACCCCCACCCGGACCUCCACCACCCCAGAUACUUCAGCUCUAUAAACCAGAUGCAGGAGGUGAGGCCGACGUGGACAUGGCUGACCGAGACAGUGAUAGCGGCUCAGACGGAGGAGAGGACGAGAGUGAAUCAGACGACCAGAGUGACCGAGAGGGGGAUGAUCUCCUGGAGAGGAGGGGCACGGGAAGCCGACAGGAUGACCGGGACGAGGAGAGAGAACGAGGUCGCACUGUGCGUUUCGCCGAUGUUCCACAGCAGGCCAAGAAGCGGAAGAAGAGGGUGGUGAAGAAAACGAAGGCUAUUACACCUCUACAGGCCAUGAUGCUGAGGAUGGCAGGUCAGUCAAUUCCAGAGGAAGAGGAGGAAGUUGAAGAGGAGGAGUACACUGACUCCGAUCAGUCCGACAGUGAGGCCUUAGAACCCCCUGGCGACAGCCAAUCAGCUCCCUCGGUGAACAGACUCCCCCCACCAUCGGCACCGAUGGUAGCUCCGCCUCCACAGCAGCAGCCACCACCCCACCUGCAGCCACCGCCAAUCACAGGCCCUCCUCCUUUAGGACCGCCUCCUGCUCCUCCAAUGAGGCCUCCGGGCCCACCCUCAGGUCCGCCUCCAGGCCCUCCACCAGGUGCCCCUCCGUUCCUCAGACCCCCUGCUCUACCUGGUGCCCUGAGGGCGCCGAUGCCUCGUAUGUUGCCUCCCGGUCCCCCUCCUGGGCGUCCUCCAGGCCCACCCCCUGGCCCCCCACCAGGCCUUCCUCCAGGUCCACCUCCAAGAGGACCGCCUCCCAGGCUACCUCCCCCUGCGCCACCAGGAAUUCCUCCCCCUCCUCCUCGUGCUGGUCCUCCUCGUAUGGCUCCGCCCCUCUCCAUGUUCCCACCCCCUCUGAACCCCAAUGUCCUGAGUGCCCCUCCCAGCAUCGUUCCUCGUCAGAAGACCCCAACUUCCUCUGCCACGUCUUCCUCCAGCGAUCCCUCCAUCUUAGCUCCGCCCUCCCUCUCUCUGUCCAUCCGCCCAUCGUCUCUGCAGAUGCCUCCUCCUCCAGGCACUGUCCCAACCCCUGUCAACCCCCCCACCCACACCAUAGAGAAGCGUGCCAACAUCACGAGUGUCCCCGGCACCGCAGGCCAAUCAGGCGCUGCCACCAUCUCUGCCAAACCUCAGAUCAUCAACCCCAAGGCAGAAGUGACGCGGUUUGUUCCCACGGCGUUACGCGUGCGUCGAGACCGAAUGGGCCCGCACGGGGCCACGCCCACUGAGAGAGGAGGGAGGAGGGAAGAGGAGAGAGUGGGACACGGCCAUAAAGCCAUGCCCUCCACAAACCCUGCCCAGCCCAGCUCGAGCUCCGCCCCUCCCAGCAUGAAGACGAAGGACCAGGUGUACGAGGCCUUCAUGAGAGAGAUGGAGGGGUUAUUGUGAGACAAAAGGGAGGCGGAAGCUGAUUGGUCGGAGAGGCAAGAUUAGCGUUAGUGUUUCAUUUCGAUGCUCGAGCAGCAGUGCGAUUCGGACUGUACUGGAGUUAAAAAGCACCGUGUUUUAUAUUGAGGUUUUUUUUUUUUUCCCUGUGUGUAGAUGUUUAGUGUUGGAGUUGGAGAUGGAAUGAUGUGAUUUGUUUCUCAACUCUAAAAUAAACACCAAAACUGUU